GUGGAAUACUCUUUCCCUAAUAUGAGCAUCAAUCGUGUCCCACUCUGCAUAUAUAUCGGAGAAAAGCAAAGUUGAGGUUCGCGCACAGGCGAUGCUCGCGCUUCAUGCUUACUCAUCCCUGGUCGCCUUAGUUUAAUUUUUUGUUCUCUUCUUGCUCUCUACAUUCCACACUGCCUCAUUCCUGUACCUUUGCUUCUCCAAUGCCCGUCAAGUUCCUAUCCUUCAUUAUCCUCAUCCUCUUCUCUUCCGGAGUUCCUUCUCUUUCCUCCUUGCCGACCAAUCCCGAAGUGGAGGCUUUGAACGAGAUACGUGAGGCGCUGAUCGACCCACAUGGAGAAUUGCAUAAUUGGGAUUUGUACUCUGUUGACCCAUGUGGUUUUGCUCUGAUCUCCUGCAACUCUGAAAAUCGGGUUAAGAUCUUAAACGCGGCAAACAAGGGUCUAUCCGGUACAUUAUCUCCAGCAAUAGGAAAUCUCACCAGUCUCACGGAAGUGUACCUUCAAAAAAACAGUAUCUCCGGGAAGAUACCUGCAGAGCUCGGAAACCUUCCAUCCCUGGGCAGGCUUGAUCUUUCUAAUAACAACCUUUCUGGGCCUCUACCUGAUAGCCUUUUUCACCUCACCAGCAUUAACUAUCUGAGGAUAAACAAUAACAGUUUGAGUGGAGAGAUCCCUGUUUCUCUUGCUAAAGUCCCAAAACUUUCUCUUCUGGACCUAUCUUUCAACAAUUUAAGUGGACCAGUGCCAACAGUUCAAGCCAAAACAUUCAGUGUUGAGGGCAACGUUCUAAUAUGCCGAAACAGCUCUAAGGGAUAUUGUGCUGCAAUUCAGCCUUCUUCUCUUGAUUCCCCUCCUAACGCAUCUCCAGGAAAGCAGAAGAGUCACAGAGCAGCUGUUGCAUUUGGAGUUGCUCUUGGUUGCACUUUGGGAACCCUAUUUGUUUUAGCUCUUGUUGCAUGGUGGAAAAAGAAGCAGAGCAAGCAAAUGAUCCAGGAUGACUAUGAUCAUAACCACGCUGAGGAAAUGAUGUGCUUGGGCAAUCUGAAGAGAUUUGGCUUUAGGGAACUUCAAAUAGCUACUGAUAACUUCAACAGUAAGAGGAUACUUGGCAAAGGUGGUUUCGGGAAUGUGUACAAGGGCUAUUUGCAAGAUGGAACGGUGGUGGCUAUCAAGAGACUGAAGGAUUGUAGUCAUAAUGGUGAGAGUCAGUUCCAAACUGAGAUUGAGAUGAUCAGUUUGGCUGUUCACAGAAAUCUCUUGAGGUUGCUUGGUUUCUGCAUUACGCCUUCCGAAAGGCUCCUUAUCUACCCUUUUAUGUCCAAUGGCAGUGUUGCUUCUAGGCUAAGGGCAAAACCCAGUCUUGAUUGGAACAUGAGAAAGCGGAUUGCUUUAGGAGCAGCUAGAGGGCUUGUUUAUCUGCAUGAACAGUGUGACCCAAAGAUCAUCCACCGUGAUGUCAAGGCAGCAAACAUUCUUUUGGAUGAUUACUGUGAAGCAAUCGUGGGUGAUUUUGGCUUAGCAAAGCUCAUGGAUCAUACUGAUUCUCAUGUGACAACUGCUGUUAGGGGAACUGUGGGCCACAUUGCUCCCGAGUACCUCUCUACCGGGCAGUCAUCAGAGAAGACAGAUGUUUUUGGAUUUGGAAUUCUCCUAUUGGAGCUCAUCUCUGGACACACAGCGCUUGAUUUUGGUAAUAAAGCAGCAAAUCAGAAAGGAGCAAUGCUGGACUGGGUUAGGAAAAUGCACCAAGAGAAUAAGGUUGAAUUGGUAGUAGAUAAAGAUUUGAAGGAAAACUAUGACAGAAUUGAGGUUGGUGAGAUGGUUCAGGUGGCCUUGCUCUGCACCCAAUACUUGCCUGCCCAUAGGCCUAAGAUGUCAGAGGUUGUUAAGAUGUUGGAAGGAGAUGGGCUGGCUCACAAAUGGGAGACCUCUCACAACAACAGCAGCAACAGUAAUAACAACGUUAUGGAUUCUAAUACCAACAAAAAGAAGAAGGGCAGCAACAAGAAACUAAUCAGCACAGGCACUCAUUCUGAUGAUGACAGAAUGAUGAUGAUGGCUGAUGAUCACGAUGAAGAUGAUGAUGAUUAUGGUGGUGAUGGUGACUGUCUUGAUACUCAAUCCAUGGAGCUCUCUGGUCCCCGGUGAAGCAUAUAAUCUUAAAAUUCUUUCUUUUCCUGCGGGAUAUUAAAUUACAAUGCAUAUGUUCCAGACUGACCGUGGUUCUGGAGGACUUCGCCGACUGCCAAAAAAAAAAAAGAAAAGAAAGAAAGGUUGCUUGCCUUUGGCCGCCUUCUAGUUCUAGCACUCCUGAUGGAAUGAUUACCAUUAUAAUUUCCUUUUCUCCUUAUGGUUUGCAAAUGCAUUUAAAUGUUCGUCUUUGUACAGUACAAAGAAAUUAAAAAAAAAAAAGUUGCUCUCUA